AUGACAGGCGGCGCUGCUUCAGUAGAUAUGGCAGUGUUCUGCUUCGAUGUGAUAGCAGCCGCCGUCAACAACCAUUCUGAUCCGCCUGUUCCUCCUUCUAUACCUAAUGACAAAUUUCCUCUCUUUGUGACUUGGAAAAAAGGCAGUCAUCGCCGACUACGAGGUUGUAUAGGAACAUUUUCGCAGCUUCAUUUACAUACGGGUCUACGGGACUACGCUAUUACUAGCGCGUUUCACGAUUCACGUUUUGAUCCGGUUCGAAAAGAAGAGAUUCCUCAUUUACAUUGCGGGGUUUCACUAUUAAUCAAAUUCGAAUCUGCUCAUGAUUACACGGACUGGACAAUCGGGAUGCAUGGAAUACGCAUUCAUUUCAUGGACGGUAGUAUACGCAGAGACGCCGUCUAUUUGCCAGAAGUGGCUUAUGAACAGGGUUGGGACCAUUUGGAAACGAUCAACAAUCUAAUCGAAAAGGGCGGCUACCGAGGACGUAUCGACGAAGGCUUUCGAUUGUCCCUUCAAGUAACUCGUUUCCAAUCCAGUAAAGUAAUGAUCUCAUAUGAUGACUACGUGCGGUAUAAGCGCGCUCUAAAGUAA